GUAUUAACCUAUGUCCUCACUGAAACAAUAUCAAGGAAUUCUAAAAGUAUUUACCUUACUUUAAUCAAAAUAAUGAGUUCAAUAUCCGCCCUUUCAAACGAUGUGAUUGGAAGAAGCUACAAUUAAUAAAGCAAUUAAUAAAACAAACUAUCAUACGGUGUAAAUAUAAUCAGUCUCUGUGUUUCCAAGGAAUAGUAUUUGAAUGUUGCGUGUGUUCUUGAAAAGAUCGUGCAGUUUCGUAUUUUGAUCUAACCUUAUAUCAAGUAAACAAUACAAGAAACUGACGAAAUUUUAGAAUGUAUGCUAAGAAAACUAUAUUACUUCUACCUAUCAAAAUAAUGAGUGUUGUCGCAAAAAGAAAAUUGCAUUGUAGAUACGAAAGUGUUAGAAAAUUAUUAAAUUUAAGGUUAUGUAAACAAUCGCAACGAGUGUUGUACGAAAAGAAUGCAUGGAAUGGAAGAACGUACGUUAGAUUUCAAAACAAUACAAAGAUAAAUGAAGAUUCCCAACCAAAUAAAAAUGUUUUAUAUGAUGAGAUGAAUCCAAUCACCGAGCGUGAGAAGUUGUAUUUGAUAAUGAAGAAUUCUGCAUUCUACAAAGAUACCAUAGUUCCUCCCAUUAAAUCACGAUUUUAUGUAACUAAAGAUGCAAUAGAUAAGGCAAUUAAUAUGAAUUGGGAGCAAAGUAGUUCACUGGAGUGCCUCAAUGCUAUUAAAGUAAUUGCACAUUAUCAUUUAAUCAAGUCAUAUUUAUCAGAAGAAAAGUAUUGCCAAAUUUUAAAAGAACUUAAAAAUAAGAUUCCUGAAUUUAAAGAUCACGAGAUCAAAAUAUUGAUGUCAUAUUUGAUCGCAUUAAAGAAUAAUGUGAAGAAAUUGAAACCUUAUGAACGGCUUGUACACCAAUUGGAUUAUGAAUGUUUGAAACGAUUUUUUGGUUCAAAUGUUGUAGAAUUAUUAUGGACAAUAGACGCAUUUUAUCAAUUGGAUAUGUACAAUUGUUCAUAUAUGUGGCGUGCCCUACGGAAAAUAUCCUCAAAGCUUGAGAAACUAUCAGGAAAAAAUCUGGUUCAAUUCUUAUUUUACAUAAGUGUUUGCAAAUUUCCUGAUUUACACAUGUUUGAAGUAGAAUGUUAUUUGAUCGAACGUAUGAGUGAAAUUUCUCCAGAUGAAUUAGGUAUUGUAGCAAGAGGGUUUUUUUUAACAAAAAGGAAAGUAACACAGAAGGAUCUAAUGAUAGAGAUAUUAAACAAAACUGAGAAACAUAUAUCAUCUAUGAAUAAUGUUAGCGUGGAGGCAGUAAUAAAACUAAUACGAUACAGCGAUUCUUGUAAUCUUAAAUCACAUUUUCAGAAGACACUACAAAAUGUCAAAGUAGACAGACUAAAUCUAUUAUCCUUAACACAUAUUGCGCAAGGAAUGGGAGGUACACGUGUAUAUAAUGGUGAAUUAUUAAAUUCAAUUGUUCAGAGGUUAGAGGAGGAUUAUUCAUCAGCAAGAUUAAAAGAUAUUGAAAGAAUUCUGUUUUGUGUUUGUUUAAUAACUCCAUAUACAGAAGGCCAUGAUCUGUGUAGGAGAAUAAUGAACCCAUUAUUAUCAACAUAUAGGACAACCAGAUCAGAAGAAGUUUUUCAAUAUCCAUAUUCAAUGGUGCAUAUUGUGGGAUUUUUAAUACAUAAAAACAUAUAUAUAGAAGAGUUAAUUAGAUUUGUAUUAACACCUGAGUAUGUAAAGAACACACAUAAGAAUAACAUGACAUUUUUGACAGGUCAAUAUUUAUUUCUCCAGUGUUCAAUUCAGAUAGAAUUACCAAAUUAUACAGGUCCACUACUUGAUGAUAAAAUCUACAACUGUUUAAUACAGAAAAAUUGCCGUAGGACUGAUGUAUAUGAAAAACACAACUCUAUGAAAUUUAUGUCUGAAGUUAUAUAUUUAUGCAAGGAAAAAUUGGGACUACAAGCACAUACUGAUUUCAUUCUACCUCAUUAUUAUACUUCUGAUAUUAUUCUGGGUUUUGAUAAAAAUAAUAAUUCAGUACCAAUUGAGCCUAUAUUAUCAGAAAUGCCACCAAGAACAAUUAAAAGAGUAGAUACUGAAGAUCUACGAAAAAUAAAAUGGAAAGUAAUAUAUUUAUUAUCUUCUACAACUAAUGUAAUAGGUCAUGAUGGAUAUGUGUGUUCUGUAUAUAUGAAAUGCAGGCAACUCAAGACUAUUGGAUAUACACCAAUCAUUCUUUCUUAUAGAACGUGGAAAGUGCUAGCUGAAAAUGAGAAAGUUCCGCAUCUGAAAAAAAUUAUCUUUCAAGAAAAUACUGACUUCUUGCAAAACUAAAUCCAGUAAUAUGUAUUUAUUAUAAAAAAUUCGCAACUACAUAAUGUAUUUCAUUUUGUUACACUUCUUAAUGAUAUAUGUAUUUUUAAUAUGUAUCCAAAGAAGUAGUAACAGUGGUUUAAAUCCAGUUAUUAUUAACUUUUUUAACAGUUGGCAAGACAAAAUAGGUCAAUUUAACAAUAAAAUGUUUAAU